AGACAAUUGGUUCAUUUUUGUUUCUGUUUUAAAGUGUUUGCAAUUGUAAAAAAAAACCUCCGUGAUUACCUUCUGUAUUCUCGAUACUGCAAAUGCUUUGCCUUCAUCACAUUUCACGUCCGAAAGCGUUUCCUAGACUCGCAUCAACAGCUGAACGGUUUGCUUUAGCGGCCACUACAGCAGCGUGUCAAAGCAGUGCUCGACGGAACGAUUCCGUCACCGUGAAACAGUGCAAUUUCCUAUCAUCAUCGUCGGUCACGUCACCAAGACCUACGUCGGCGUGGCAGCGGUUCCCAUUGCGUGAACGAAACACUCCCUCCAUUCCGUGCGUGCAACGUGCGUCCGUCACCUCGUGGCACCAAUCAUCACCAAUUGGUGUUCGGUCAACAGGCAACGGUUGCUUUGUUAUUUCUGGUUCGCGAGUGUUUCCUUCCUCAGUAGCCGUAUCGGUGGUGCUGCCAUCGGUGAAUCAUUCUACCCGCCCAGCUGUCGGGUGUGAUAAGCAAAGUGUGAUCCUUUCUACGGGGACCGUAGUGCGUCCCGCAGAGGCACAUUAUUCGUUCCAGAGGCGCAACAUCAUCACCACUAAGACUACCACGACAAACUGUAACAGCAUCAGUGACGUGUCCGAAAAAAGUGAAUACAAAAUGUCCGCAGCUACCGGUACCGGCGGGAAGCCCGAGUUUCAGCGUCUGCCAACGAAUGUCGUACCGGAGCAUUACGAGCUAAGGCUGAAACCCAACCUGACGGCGUUGACGUUCGAGGGCUCCACUACGGUGGAUCUGAAGAUUUUAGCGGCAACGGAUCGCAUCACGUUAAAUGCACUGGAUCUGAAAAUCAGUACCGCGACCGUUUGUUUCAAUGAACAGAAACUUACCGCACAGGACAUACAGUUUAAUGCGGACCAGGAAACGGCAUGCUUCGUGUUCGGUACGGAAAUACCGGCCGGUACGGCAAAGUUAGCAGUUGAAUUUAGUGGCGAAUUAAACGACAAGAUGAAGGGUUUCUAUCGUAGUAAAUAUUUUUCACCAACCGGUGAGGAACGGUACGCGGGCGUAACGCAGUUCGAGGCUACGGAUGCGCGAAGAUGCUUUCCGUGUUGGGACGAACCGGCUAUAAAGGCGACGUUCGACAUUUCGCUGGAUGUGCCACGAAAUUUGGUCGCCUUGUCAAACAUGCCGGUUGUACGGGAGGAACCUUCAGGAGCGAAGGGUGACGAAUCCGUACUGGUUACCUUCGAUCGGACACCCAUCAUGUCUACCUAUCUGGUAGCGGUAGUAGUGGGUGAAUAUGAUUAUGUUGAGGAUAAAUCGGCCGACGGUGUGUUGGUGCGAGUGUACACACCGGUUGGCAAGCGUGAACAGGGCCGGUUUGCGCUGAACGUUGCGACGAAGGUAUUGCCAUACUACAAGGAUUACUUUAACAUUGCUUAUCCGCUGCCGAAAAUGGAUCUGAUUGCUAUAUCGGAUUUUUCUGCGGGUGCAAUGGAAAACUGGGGAUUGAUCACGUACCGUGAAACGUUCGUACUGGUCGAUCCGGAAAAUACAUCCCUCAUACGGAAGCAAUCGAUUGCACUAACCGUCGGGCACGAAAUUGCACACCAGUGGUUCGGCAAUCUGGUCACGAUGGAAUGGUGGACGCAUCUGUGGCUAAAUGAAGGGUACGCUUCGUUCGUGGAGUUCCUGUGUGUGGAUCAUCUCUUCCCGGAUUACGAUAUCUGGACGCAGUUCGUGACGGAUAUGUACACGCGUGCGCUGGAACAUGAUUGUUUGCGAAACUCGCACCCGAUCGAGGUACCGGUAGGGCAUCCAUCCGAGAUAGAUGAAAUUUUCGACGAAAUUAGCUACAACAAGGGUGCUAGCGUUAUUCGCAUGCUGCAUCAUUACAUCGGCGAUGAGGAUUUCAAGCGCGGGAUGCAUCUGUACCUUACGCGCCAUCAGUACAGCAAUACGAAAACGGAAGACUUGUGGAAUGCACUGCAGGAAGUAAGCAGUAAACCGGUCGGUGCCGUCAUGUCGACCUGGAUCCAGCGUAUGGGUUUCCCGGUGGUGCAAGUACUGUCCUCGAAACAGCUCGAAGGAAACCGUCGGCUGCUGCACAUCGCUCAAUCGAAGUUCUGUGCUGAUGGUUGCGAGGCGCCGGAACAAUCGCUUUGGCUGAUUCCGAUUAACGUUUCCACACCUUCUUCGGUGAAUGCUGUCUCAACGGUGUUGGAAACGACUAAAGCGGAAAUUACGGUAGAGGGCGUUAGUGAACAGGACUGGGUAAAGAUCAAUCCUGGCACGAUCGGAUACUAUCGUACGCAGUAUCCAGCCGAGAUGCUUGAACAGUUUCUGCCAGCGAUUAAGAAUAUGACACUGCCACCCCUCGAUCGGUUGGGACUGAUUGACGAUCUGUUUGCGUUGGUGCAGGCCGGAAAGAGUGCAACCGUUGAUGCCUUGAAGGUAAUCGAUGCGUACCGGAACGAAAGCAAUUACACUGUGUGGUCGUCGAUUUCGAACUGUUUGUCAAAGUUGCAGCUGCUGCUGGCACACACACCUGCUGAGAAGCAGUUCGGCGAGUACGGUGUGCGUCUUUAUCAACCGGUUGCGGAGAAGCUUGGCUGGGAUGUAAAGCCCGGUGAGAGUCAUCUCGAUACGCUGCUUCGUUCGCUCGUUCUCGGUCGGCUGGUAUCAUUCGGUUGUACCAAGACUGUUGCAGAAGCGAAGAGAAGGUUCGAAGAACACGCACAAAACAAGCGUGUCCUGCCGGCGGAUCUUCGCAGCACCUGCUACCGGGCAGUAUUACAGAAGGGUGAUCUGGCAACGUACGACGAAAUGUUGCGUCUGUACCGAGCGACCGAUCUGCAUGAGGAAAAGGAUCGCAUUUCGCGCGCACUUGGCUCGAUCGGUAAUGUUGACAUUCUGCGCAAGGUGAUCGAUUUCGCAAUGUCGGAGGAAGUACGUGCCCAGGAUGCAGUGUUUGUCAUUGUAUCGGUUGCCCUGAACCCGAAGGGACGCGAUAUGGCGUGGGACUAUUUCUGCGAACACUGGCAGGUGUUGCUGAACCAGUACGAGGGCGGUUUCCUGCUGGCACGUUUGAUCAAGUACCUGACGGAGAACUUCUCCACUGAGGAGCGAGCGCAAGAGGUGGAAAAAUUCUUCCGCGAGCAUGAUUUCCCCGGUACCGAGCGUACCGUGUCACAGUCGAUCGAAACCGUACGACUGAACGCGGACUGGAUGAAGCGUGAUUUGGACGCUAUUUCGGCGUAUCUGAAACAGCAGGAGCAACAGUAAAUUGUUCCGCACGGUCCAGCGAGCUUAAAACACACAAAAAGGACGACGAUAUCAUCGAAAAACGGGAGCGAUUUUGAUGGAGGGAUUUCGGACACGAUGAAGGCGUGCCAUUUAUAUGUGGAUAGUACAGUAGGUACUAACCGAUCGUUUGUUUGUCUGUUAUGUUGUUUUUUUCUUCUUCUUCUUUGUUCUUUAUUGCUGUUAUGUUCCACCAUUUUCUGUUGUGCAUACACGCAUGCAUGCCGUUUAGGUUAGGAGCUUUUUUUUUGCUUCUAUUGUUCAUUUCUCAUUUGCCGUAAUGAUGUGUCAGUGCAACAGUGUUGCACGGUCCAUGGUCUCCCUUGUCCACGUUUUGCAUUUAAGCCAAAGUGAGUGUGUGUGUACGUUGAACGAUCACAAAAAAAGAAUGCAACGAUAGUAGAAUACUAUUAGUAGGGAAAUGAAAACCAGAAUAACACUUGAUUAGGGAAAUUAUUGUAUGAUGUUUCGUUCAAUAAACCGCAGCAUGAUAACGUAAGCAAAGCAAGUAAAUACUUUGAACACGUUAUGUGAAGUCUUCAGUUCACGUGUGUUGAAACAAUCCGUAUAGCACCUUGGCCUAGACGUAAUUUUGUUUGUUCUUUAUGCGAGCUACAAAAAACAAGGGAAGGUCUCCAUAAGUAAAAGCUUUUGUAAUUAUCAUCCAGAAAUGCACGACAGUUAGGAAUGGUUAAUUUGUAUCUAAUUUUUAAACAAGCAAUAAAACUACUCUACGUCACAGAAAUAGCUAAA